AUGGCAAGUGCGAACAGGGCGGUAGCGUUGCUCAGGGCGGGGGGCAGGGAGUGGUGGGAGGGGGAGAGGGUGAGAGCGCGAGGGGUCGACGUGCUGGACCAGGAGACGCUAGAACGAGCCUUUCCUUCUUCAUGGCAGUCCCAGGAAGUGGAAGGUACGCUGAUCGGACAGACGAACCCUCGCAAGUUCGUGAUUCGGUGGGACAGCCUGUCGGAGAGCAAGGACGUUGAGUACGGAGCGCAGCACAAGGUGUUCAGGGCAUCAGAUGGCAGGACGGAGAGGAAGAGGAAGAGAGACGUCGAAAUUCCAAGAGUGCAACAGGAAGCGAACGCGUCCGAAUCUCAACAGGGUGAAGCACAGGAAGGGGGACCCAGCAGGUACAGAUGGGAAGCCUGGCAGGAUGGAGACGAAUCGGAGGAAGCUGUCGAUCCAUACGCAGACUAUGACGGGCAUGCGCGACUGGCUCACCCUCCAGGCCAUGACACCGAUGGUGCACGUGGGCCGUUGUGGUAUUUCCGUCACAUGGUCCCAACAAGCUUGACGGACCUGAUGAUUGAGGGAACCAACAGGAAGUUUAGCCCGACGGUGGAGAAGUUGGACAAGGAGGAGCUUGAUGAGUUCAUGGUGAUUGUCUUGUUCAUGGCGUUUGAGCCAUGCGAGAAGGUCGCAGAUUACUGGAACAACAGCCCUGACUGCCUCCAUUGCGACCGACAGAUGCUGGCAAGGUUCGGAAUGACGAGGAAGCGGUGGUUCGAGAUCAAGAGCGCGCUUUCCUUCUGGUCGAGGGAGAGAGCAUCGGAAGACAGACCUGACCCCUGGCACAAGAUGAGAAGGAUGGUGAAGUGUUUCAACAUUCACAUGCAUCAGGCGCUAUCGCCCGGAGACUGCCUGGUGCUCCGGGAGCAGAGUGUCAAGUGGGAUUUCUGCGAGAACCUGUCGUUUCCUCAGGCUUCAAGGAAGGAAGAAGACCUGAAGCAGGUUGGAAUCUUGUUGAGGAGCUUGCAGGACAGCGAGACUGGGAUGGUGGUAAGAUUGGAGAUCAACGAGGGGCAGGAAGCCAUGAAGGCGAAGAAAUUCACUCAUGAGGCGCCCACCGAGCACUCGAGCUGUGCUUUGAGGUUGUGCGAGAAGUACUUUGGGUCGAAGAGGAUCGUGAUCGGCAAUGGCCCGUUUGCAUGCACAGGGACUGCACUCGCCCUGACCAGGUUCGGGCUGCAGUUCAUGGGGAUGAUGGAGAGGUGCGAUGAAUAUUACCCUAAAGGAGAGCUUGAGAGGAGUUUGGCGGGCAGCAGAGCAGCGGCCGACAAGACUUUGACGUGCAAGGUUGAGGGAGGCCGAGAACUCUUCGCCAUUGGCUGGAGGGAGAUGCUGGGAGAAAGGGGUGGCAACUUGCCGCUGCGUUUCUUCCUGUCCACCAGGAUCCCCGGAGCUCGCAGCGACGUCGAAGUCACAAGACAGUACAUGAAUGAAGCGGGGAUACUCAAGGUGAAGCAAUUUGAGGUCAAGGCUCCUGAUGUUGUCAGGAGGUGUCUUGACGUCAACAAGUCGUCAGCUGCCUUCGACGACUGUCUGUCCACGGGCUUGCGCAACGGCACGCUCUGGCCUACCGACAACUUCCACAUCUUGGUGUUUCAGUACAUGCUCAGUCUCAUCACAGUUAACGCGUACUUGGCGUACAAGAAGUUCGAGCUCAGCGACGUUGGAGGCAGCAAAGAGAUCAGCUUCAAAAUGUUCCUUGGCCGCCUUGUCAAGGAAUUUUCCUCAAGCCACGGUCCACAGGAGGAGGAGGACGCUGUCAGCGCAACCAGAGCUGGGGAGAGGCAGUCGAGCCAGCACGAGCUGAGCCACACCCCGAGCUCCUGCUCGUCUCUGCCCUCCGAAGCCUACAAGAAGGGAAGGUGCAAGGAGCUGACCAAGAAGGGGACGACCUGUCAGUGCAUUGCGCGAUACUUUUGCCCCAUGUGCUCCGACUUCACCAACCCCGACAAGCCCAAGAUCUUCUUCCUCUGCGGUAUGAAGUCAGGUCGAGACUGCAGCAUGAAUCACGUCGUACGGAUGAGCCGAUUGCUUUAA